GUCCAGCUCAGCUCAUCAGAAUGCUGGCGGCGUGCCGCAGCAACCCCCCUUCCUCCGCUACUACAUCAACAUCAUCAUCACCAUCAUCAUCAUUUACAAACUCCGCAGCCGCCCCAACCCUCCCGGGCCAUGGGCUGAGAGGGUCAGACGCGAAACAAGCAGCAAGUGCACAUGCAUCCACCUACGAAUAAGCACGGGACGCAGUCAAAGCCGCCGCAUUGGAGAGAGACGAGGAGCUCGACGACGACGCCGCGGCCGCCCAGGGCGCCGACAAGAUGUCGCGGCGGUGCGCGCGCAAGCUCGAGCGCGCGUGCUGCUCGUUUGCGACGUACAUACCGCUGAUAUUCGUCUACGGACUGACGACGUGGGCCGUGUGGGUGGUGAUAAAGAUCGGCCUGAUCAGCGUUGAUGGUAGUUGGAUAGCAGGCACCGGAUCGUCCGUCGUCGGCUUCAUCCUCUACGCCCUGCUCAACUGGUCCUACACGACGGCCGUCUUCACCAGCCCCGGCUCCACGACCAACGACGAUGGCUACGGCCUGCUGCCCACCACGCAGGGCCAGCAGCCGUCGGCCACGUCCUUCACCGUCAAGAGCAACGGCCAGCUCCGCUUCUGCAAGAAGUGCCAGGCCCGCAAGCCCGACCGCGCCCACCACUGCUCGACCUGCCGCCGGUGCGUCCUGAAGAUGGACCACCACUGCCCCUGGCUCGCCACGUGCAUCGGCCUGCGCAACCACAAGGCGUUCUUGCUCUUCUUGAUGUAUACCACGAUAUUCAGCUUCUAUGCCUUUGCCGUCAGCGGCACCUGGGUCUGGGGUGAGGUCAUCGAGGAGCAGACGCGCUACACGGACGCUCUCAUGCCGGUAAACUUCAUCGUCCUGAGCGUCAUCAGCGGCAUCAUCGGCAUCGUCGUCGGUGCCUUUACCGCCUGGCACAUCAUGCUGGCCGCCAAGGGCCAAACGACCAUCGAGUGCCUCGAGAAGACGCGGUACCUCUCUCCCCUGCGCAAGACGUACAACCACGCGCACAACCCCGCCAACCAUAUCCCGCAGGCCGCCCAGCAGUUUGUCGACUUUCACACCAAUGCCCUGCCCGGUGUCACGCGCCCCGAGGAGGGCGAAGAGCGGCCUGUCGACCUGGACGGGGCCCGGCCGGUGCACAUGUCGUACGACGACCUGGAGCGGCAGCAGUCGCGCAGGCGCUACGAGGAUUACCUCGACGAGCAGGAGUCGGAGAAGCUCCCCAACGCCUUUGACCUGGGCUGGAAGCGCAACCUGCAGCACCUCAUGGGGCCCGUCCCUGCCCUGUGGUUCUUGCCCAUCUGCAACACCACGGGCGACGGGUGGUCGUGGGAGGCGAGCCCCAAGUGGAUCGAGGCCCGCGAACAGAUGAGGGCCGAGCGAGAGCGUCAGCGACAGAGGGAGAUUAACGCGGGCUGGGGGGCGCCGGAUGACGACCCGUACGCGCCCGUGACGAGUAACGGCAACGGCAGCGCGAGAGCGGCACCGACGAGCCAAGGGGGUUGGAGGCCGCCGAGCAAGGCGGACCGCGUCCUUGGCCGAGACCCGAACCUGUACGCGGACGGCACGCAGACGAUGCAGAUGCAGCGCCUGACGCCUCGCGGGCGGAACCUCGAAGACGAUCUUCUGGAUACGGACGAUGAGCAUGACGCGGCAGAGCCGUCGCCCCGGACGGACACCCGCGAGGAAGCCGAACGGCGGGCGAUGAACGUGGUCACCAACGGCCGCGGGUGGGGCCGGGCCGGAGCGAGCGGGAUGCUCCGUAAGGGCAGCUCCCAGAGCGCGAGCGGCACGCCGGCCAUGAGCCCGCAGUUCCAGGACGACGGCGUCGACUGAGCGGGAGGGCUGUUUGCAUAGAUGAGGUGUACGGAAGCCAGCCAGCUGUUCGUUUAUUUGCACACUUAACACGGGGGGAAGAGGCGGAAGCGUUUGCUUGUAGACCUGCAUAUGUUUAUACAAAGUAUCUUCUAGGAGCCCGGAGGGGCCUUGCCGGAGGGGGCUGAGCUCGCACGUGCACGCUUUGGGCGGCUAGGGGCGAGGCGCAAUGCAUGCAUGCAUUCAUGGCCCGCGGGGUUGAUGCAUUUUCUGUGCUGCUGGAUGAUGAUGCCUUAAUCUCCCUUCUCCUAGCUGUACGCACGAACGCAUGGCGAACCGGGGGCAGCUGUCGAGUAGGGCACGGUAAGGGACUCUAGGAAUAUGAAACAUGGAGAAGCACAACUAAGCGGCUAAGCGUGUCUACUCGCAAGGUG